AUGAAAAAUGACUCGGAUCUCGUCAGCCAUCCCGUAGACAGGGGGUGGGCGUGGGUCAUACUAGCAGCCUCCAGUCUCAUCUUUAUGAUAUACGUUGGUACUAUCAAAACUUCAGGAUUAUUCUUUGUGGCUUUUCAAGAAUUCUUCCAUGCCGAGGCUUCCACGACAUCACUCAUUCCUGGAAUUCUUCAAAUCAUCUAUAGUUCUGCUUCACUCCCUAUACUAACUUUUGGACUUCACCAUUUCUCAGUUCGUCAGAUGAUAAUUGUUGGGGGAUUUCUUGGGUCCACGGCGUACUUCAUUGGAUUCUUUGCAGACCGUAUCGAGAUAAUUGUUAUAACUCAUGGAGUCAUCUACGGUAUGGGGUUUGCUACACUCCACGGGCCGGCGGCCUACCUGAUUGGCACGUACUUUGAUAAACGUCGGGCACUAGCUAAUUCCAUCCUAGUGGCGGCCUCUGGUUUUGGCGGCCUCGUCCUUCCGCCCCUCUAUCGAUACCUGAUGGAUGUGUACGGUCUACAGGGAACCAUGCUUAUCUUGUCAGGGAUUUUACUUAAUGUUGUGGCUCUAGCGGGAUUGCUUAAACCACCCUCUUUAUUUGCACCGAAAGAAAAAGUCACCAUUGAACCUCGUUAUAAAAUUGUGCGUAUUCGUGAAAUAAACAGAGGUAGGAGGUACUCUCCAAUAAUGACAGGAAAGAAACGUUCAAUUUCUCUUUGUGAGAAGGCACCGUCUUCUAAGGUGGAACACAGUGAAGGAUGGGGAAGCUUACCCCACAAUCUGAAUUCUAGAGCACACCACAGUUCUACUCUUUCACAAAGCUUGCAGAGUUUAGGAAGCAGUGAUGCCAUAUAUAGCCUUUCUCAAACCGAGUUAGAGGCGCCUUCCACAAAUAGAGAGAAGAAACAAAAAAUCCUUGAUAUCACGCUGUUAAAGAAGCCUUUACUGCAGCUAUUUUUGUUUGUUUAUUGUUUUGGAAGCAUUGGCUCGGCCUAUGGUCAUAUUUUUAUUUCUCCAUUUGCACGUGACCAAGGAUUUACUACAAAUGAUAUUUCAUUGCUGAUCUCUAUAACAAAUAUGUGUGAUUUCCUUGGCCGGUUGAUGUGCGGGGUGAUAGCCAAUCAACGACUAAUGAAGAACUCUUCUCUUGUGGCCAUCAGUCAGCUCGUCACUGGAGCAACCUUGGCUCUCUGCUCAGUUUAUAGACCGUUCUGGAGCUUUUGUGUCCUUGCUGUCAUGUAUGGUCUGUUUUCAGGUGCCAUUUUCUCUAUGACGCCCGCUAUCAUUGCAGACUUUGUUGGCAUGGAAAAUUUCAGAACCUCCUUCGGUAUUCUAAUUCUAGGCCAAGGAUUUACUCUUGGUGGAGGUGCUCCUUUAUUAGGCUAUCUCCGCGACCUAUCACAGAGCUAUACAACCUCUUUCUACUUUAUGGGUUCUCUGCUGUUAGUGUCUGGUGUCUCUUUGUUAUUAGAACCGUGCGUUCGAUCUCGGCAGGAGAGGAUGGAGUCCAGAGAAGAAAAGUCAGAGGAAGUGACAUUGUCUGUAUGAUACCCAGCCUAUACUGACGUCUAAACUAUGUGUGAUCGCUAAGUCGUAUUUAUUUUUAAUCAUGUCGGCUAUAUCUCAAAUACAAAGCUGUGCGAAUUAAGGAGAUGCCUAUAUCAUUUUAUAUGCUUCUCAUAAAGUAAUACAAAAUUUCAUAGACUUUCUAGAAUGGAGGGAACAAAGGUUCGAUGUGUAUAUUAUUACACUAAAAUGCGAUGUUUUAACAUUAUCUUAUGUUAUAAAAUAAAGUUAACCUUAUCAGUUUGAA